AAUAUAUUGGUGAGCAUUUUAAUGGGAGGAUAAAUUUCCAGAAGUGGGACACCUGGUCAAGGGUAAGUGCAUUUGUCAGUUUAAUGCACACUGCCAAGUCACCCUCCAUAACAGCUAGGGGAGGGGGGGCUGCCAAGCAGCCUCCCUUCAGUGCUUUCUCCCCUUCUUUGUAGAUGCGAGCCACCCUUCUGGCUGCUCCUAUGGGUGCCCCAUCCAGGAGGAAGCGGUUGGAGUUGGACGGUGACCUAGACACCGAAUGUCCCACCCGGAAACAAGCUCGAAGGGGGCCCCAGCCUCAGCUGCCCCCCUGCCCGCUGCCCCUGACCCCACCCCCUGCUCCAGCCCGGGCCCUCGCUGUGACCACUCCCGCCCGGCUUGGGCCCUAUGUCCUCCUGGAGCCUGAGGAAGGUGGCCGAGCCUACCGUGCCCUGCACUGCCCCACAGGCACGGAGUACACCUGCAAGGUGUACCCGGCCCGCGAGGCCCUGGCGGCGCUGGAGCCCUACUCGCGGCUGCCCCCGGAAGGACACGUGGCACGGCCCGCCGACGUCGUGGCAGGCCCCCGCCACCUGUACGCCUUUUUCCCGCGGCCCCACGGGGACAUGCACAGCCUGGUGCGCCGCCGCCGCCGCCUCCCCGAGCCCGAAGCCGCCGCACUCUUCCGCCAGAUGGCCGCCGCCCUGGCGCACUGUCACCAGCACGGGCUGGUCCUGCGCGAUCUCAAGCUGCGGCGCUUUGUCUUCACCGACCGCGAGAGGACAAAGCUGGUGCUGGAGAACCUGGAGGACGCCUGUGUGCUGAGCGGGCCAGACGACUCCCUGUGGGACAAACACGCGUGCCCGGCCUAUGUGGGACCGGAGAUCCUCAGCUCCAGGGCAUCCUACUCGGGCAAGGCAGCCGACGUGUGGAGCCUGGGCGUGGCGCUCUUCACCAUGCUGGCUGGCCACUACCCCUUCCAAGACUCAGAGCCUGCCCUGCUCUUUGGCAAGAUCCGCCGCGGUGCCUUUGCCCUGCCUGAGGGCCUCUCGGCUCCUGCCCGCUGCCUGGUCCGCUGCCUCCUUCGACGGGAGCCAGCUGAGCGGCUCACAGCCACGGGCACCCUGCUGCACCCCUGGCUGCGGGACAACCCGCUCCCCUCAGCUCCAUCCCGAUGCCACCUCUGGGCGGCUGACCAGGUGGUCCCCGAAGGGCCGGGGUUGGAGGAAGCUGAGGAAGAGGAGGGGGAAGCAGAAGCGAGUCUAUAUGGCUAG